GCUGUAUAUAAGCUCCGAAAUGCUAAAACGCUGACAAAAGUUCGGGUGAAAGCUUGCUGCGUGAGAGCGAGAGGAGCAAGGGAAACGAAGGAAAAAAAUGAAGCUGAAAGUAUAUGCCGAUCGGCUGUCCCAGCCAUCUCGUGCCGUUAUUAUCUUCUGCAAGGUCAAUGGUAUAGACUUCGAGGAAAUCAAAGUGGAGCUGUUCAAACGCCAGCAAUUGUCUGCUGAGUUCAAAGAAAUAAACCCUAUGGGGAAAGUUCCAGCUAUUGUUGAUGGAAGACUGAACUUGUUUGAAAGUCAUGCAAUUCUUAUCUAUCUGGCUUGUGCAUUUCCUGGAGUCGCAGAUCAUUGGUAUCCGGCUGAUGUUUCCAGGAGAGCUAAAAUCCACUCGGUAUUGGAUUGGCAUCACUCAAAUUUACGCCAGGGUGCAGCCUCAUUUGUUCUCAACACCUUACUAGCACCUGCACUUGGACUUUCCUUGAAUCCACAAGCAGCUGCUGAAGCUGAGAAACUUUUAUCCAAGUCUCUGUCAAAAAUAGAGUCCAUUUGGCUCAAGGGGAAUGGACGCUUCUUACUUGGUGGCUUUCAACCAUCCAUAGCAGAUCUUAGUCUGGUCUGUGAGAUUAUGCAACUAGAGCUUUUGUCCGAGGAGGAUCGCAGUCGUAUACUAGGUCCACACAAGAAAGUGCAGCAGUGGAUCCAGGAUACAAGAAAUGCAACAAGACCUCACUUUGAUGAAGCGCAUAACAUCCUCCACAAAGUCAAAACAAAACUCGCGGUGCAGCUGUCAGUGCGAGCAAACAGUGAGAUGGAAUUUAGCAUUAAAAGGGCGUUGCCUUCAAAGAUGUGAAAACCAUGUUGCUGUUACGCUUCCGAGGUACCGUGUAAUACUUCAACAAGAGGGAGCUGCAUACAACGCUGACAGAAGAGGCAGCCAUUGCAGCUCCAGCAAUCCAUGGUGGCAAACGAAGUCCAAUGAAUGGAUAAAGGGCCCCAGCAGCAAUUGGGAUGCCAAGCAGAUUAUAUCCCAAAGCCCAGACAUAGUUUAGACGAAUGCGUGAGAAAGUUUUCCUGGAAAGAUCAAUGGCAGUUAUCACAUCCUCCAAGUUGUUCUUCAUGAGAACAAUGUCAGCUGCCUCAAUUGCAAUGUCUGUGCCAGCUCCAAUUGCCAUUCCAACAUCUGCGGCCACAAGUGCUGGUGAGUCGUUUAUGCCAUCUCCCACCAUUGCCACAGUGUAGCCUGAACCCUGUAUAUGAGGACAAAAAAUUUCACGUCUAAUGAAGUCUUUAAUCACACAACACAAAAACUCUGUCAAAGUGCUAGUCAUGAUGUUAGAAGUUAUCUUAGAUUUAAACAACAAAAUGAUGUUCAUUGAGUGGAUAUAUUGGCUAGAUUCCGACUAUGGAAUGUGUCUAUGCUUCCACACAAUUUUGAAUGCUGUGAAAAAGACUUCCUGAACAUGUUCUUUUUGUACCUGAAAAUCUCUCACUUUCUCUGCUUUAUCCUCUGGUUUGGCUUCUGCAAUAACAGUUUCAAUUCCAACUUCCUUGGCAAUGGAAUUGGCAGUACCCCAAUUGUCACCUGUCAUCACUAUGCUCCUAAUGUUCAUAGACCUGAGAAUGGUAAUGACUUCUCGAGCACCUGGUUUAAGUGGAUCAGAUAUGGCUAGAACUCCAGCCACUUCCCUAUCUAUAGAUACGAGAAUCCCAGUAUGGGCCAACGCUUCAGCUUUUGCAAGUAUAUCUUCAGCAUCCGAUGGAAUUGCAAUGUUCUGGUCCAAAAUCAAGCUCUUGUUUCCCACAAUUAUUUCCCUGUUUUGAACAACAGCUUUCACUCCAUGGCCGGUAAUGGAGAUAAAGUCUCUUGCUUCUGGCCAGGCAGGAUUCUCUUUAUCUUCUACAAAGUUCUUGGCAUACUCCACUAUGGCCUUGGCUAAUGGGUGCUCACUGUUCACCUAAUAGAGAUAGCCCAAGUCGAUCUUGUCAAUGCUGGAGAUACAUCAUAUUGCUCUUGCUACUUCUCUUAAGGAGUGAGUUUCACACAGGAAAACAUAUUAAUAUAUAUAUUAUAUCUGUCCGUCUAUAUAUACAUAAUAUAUCAUGUAUGAUGAUGUAUAUGUAUUUAUGUGACAGUGUACCUCUGUUGCAGCAAUGAGAAUGUAGAAAUCUUGAAGCAA